GCUUUACAGGAGAGCAUCUGCUCACUCGGAUGGUGUGAAGAGUGAGGAUGAAGAAAGGAGAACAGCAGCAGAAAGAUAAAAGAGAAUUCUUGCAGAGGAACAAGUGCGGUUAAAAACACAAAAGGAAAGGAGUUGGAUGAACCCUUCAGCUGCAGGAUGGGCUUUGAUCUGGAGAGGUUUGUGGGUUUUGUGAAUGAGGGUCUGCUGUGCUGUGUGUGUCGAGACGUGCUGGAGCGCCCCCUCCAGGCUCCCUGUGAGCAUGCCUACUGCAGCUCCUGCAUCAGCAGCUGGCUGCUCCAUCACCACUCCUGCCCUGAAGACAGGCUGCCGCUGGACCUGAGCAGCCUCAAACCGCUGUACAGGUACAUGCGUAAUGACCUGAACCGCCUGCAGAUCCGUUGUGUGAAUGCAGAGCAGGGUUGUGGGGUGAUCUGCACCCUGGAGAGCCUCCACACACACGAGGAUGAUUGUGAGUUUGCCUUCAUUUCCUGCUCCAACACAGGUGGAGGGUGCAUGCAUCACUGUUGUGGCUGCCCUGUGCAGGUAGAGAGGCGGGGCUUGGACGCUCACCUGUCAGAAUGUAACUUCCGGAGCAGAGGGUGUGCCAACGGCUGCGGCCACUCUCUCCUCUCCACGAACCAGCAUAACUGUGUGGCGGAGCUGCACACCGAGGUGGAGCUGUUGAGGACGGAGAUGCUGUGCAAGGUGGAGGAGGUGAGGCGAGAGAUGGAGUCUCGGUUGGACUCACAGAGGAGACACAUGGUGCAGAAAGAAUCGCAGCUGAAGAACGAGGUGGAGGAGCUUAAGGUGGGUCAAUUAUCCAGUGUGAUAUGCGACAUGCGCGCCCUGCUAGGAGCAGAGCGUCUGAGGAGACAGGAGCUGGCUGAAGCAGAGCUGGAAAAGAGAGAGCUGCUGGAGCUCCUCAGGGACCUGCAGCCCACCAGGAGUCCUGCCAUGCAGACAGCCAGGGAUCAGUCUCAGGGAGGGGAGCAGACAUCCAGCUGGGAGGCGCACACGGAGUCGGCACACCAUCAGCACAGAGAGGAUUUGUUACACUCCUCCUGUUCAACUCAAGCUGCAGGUUCGCCUCCUUCGCCUCAGCUGGGAGACAGAGUCCGUAAGGGGAGCGCUCGGAGUCGGACUCUGGAUUCCAUCAAGAGGAAGAACCAGGAGGUGACAGUCAUCUGAGCACCUGCUGGUCUAGAAGCAAAGUCACAUCCUUGUUUCUGAGUAGGAACAGCUAAAAUGGUUUUUGGGAAAAUUGUUUGGUUUUGAAAAAAGUGCGGGUCACUCUGUCCGUGCAUCCUUGUCGGCUGAGAAAUUCAGAAUUUUAUAUUCAUCAGAUUUCCACCUAAAACGUCCAUUCCUGACUUGAUGCUGCUGCAGUCUUUACUUUGUAGAAGAAUGGGGACUGCUGAUCUUCACACAGGCUUUCUGUAGGAAUCUACCUAGCAACAUGUGUCAGGGUUAACAGGUGGGAAAUGUUCUCAUUCAGCUUUUAUGUGACAGAACAAUUCAUACCACCCCAAUCAGUCGAUCAGUAGAGGAUCACAGAAAUGACACAAAACAAGCAACGUUACACACACACACACACACACA